AUGAUCGGUAUGCAGAGUGUCCAAGUAGCUCUUUUAGCUGCGGAAGCAUACAAAAACUCACUUAUUCCUUUUGGGGAGGAGAAAGAGCAAAUCAUUGUGGUCUUCCUGAUUUCCGGCUCACUUGCGAAGCCAAUAUCCCAAUAUUACAAUACGAGUCCUUCGUAUUCGAUCACGUACGGUAAUUAUACAGCUUGCAGUACUCUAUACAAUUGCGGGAACAUUAAAAACGUUGGGUUUCCUUUCUGGGGACAGGGCCGUCCAGAAGGUUGUGGCUAUCCUGAAUUGUAUCUUCAUUGUUCCGCAGGUUCGACCUUCAUAACUAUCCGAAGUGUCUCAUACCUGGUUUUGAAUGCCGAUCCCGACCAACAUAUUAUGACAAUCGCUAGAUUCGACUACGGCCAAAACUUAUGCCCAAAUCAGCUUCUCAACACAAGCCUUGACCCUCAGUUGUUUGAAAACGUGCCUGAAACAAAAAAUCUCACCCUUUUUUAUGGUUGUCCGCCGUCAAUCCCUUUAGUAAACCCCCUACGAUUUAUUUGUCCCAAAGAUUGGUUUGAUCAUUCAUAUGGCUAUGUACUGCCGGAUAACGUUCCUGAAAUUUCUGUGUUGUGCUCUACAAGCGUGGUUGUUCCUGUUAAAGCUCCUACGUCAUUGGCUGAUCUCCGGGUUUUAAGCAUAGUGCAAAGGAUGCUUAAUGAUGGAUUUGAGAUAAAAUGGAUACCUGGAAUUGUAGAGUGUGAUGAGUGUCAGAAAAGAGGGGGAGUCUGUGGCUAUGAUUGGGGUUCCAAUAAGACUACCUGCUAUAACAGAAGAGGCAACUCAACGCCUCAGCCUCAGGGAACUUCAGAUGAUGGGCUUACUAAUGUGACCUUUGUCUACGAUUGUCCUAGUUCUCCUCCCUUUCUGUCAAAUAGUCAAGAUACAAACUGCAAGGGAGCCGACGAUGAUACAAAUAUAACAGUCUACUACCUUCCCGGACCAUGGUAUUUCAGUGAUUGCGAAAGUGUUAUUAUGCCGAUAUAUGAAGCGAACUUUGGUCGAGUUCAAGCUGCUAUACAAGAUGUAUUACGAGAUGAGUUUGGGUUGCAAUGGAUGGUAAAUACCGAGGAUUGCAACACAUGCUCUCAAUCUGGUGGCCAGUGCGGCUAUGAUGGACAAUUCUCCUGCUUUUGCAAAGAUGGACCCCAAAAGACUUCAUGUCCUGGUAAAACGUCAGGUAUAGAACCAUGGAUAUGGGACAUGUCCCUGUGA